UUAAGUCGAACCCGUAUUUCAUGAGACUCUAAAAGGCCUUAUUCAGGCCAUUUCAUAAACGGAGAGAAUGGUUACUGUAUUAAUUGGCUUUAUUAAGAUCCAUCAUCACAUUGUGUACGAGAUGUGUAGGUGUAUUACACCUGUCACGUGUAAUCACAUCACACCCUCUGGUAACUGUCCGCUUUACAUGCUCUCAACCUGUCUACAUACGCAUGCGUUACCUCCCCGCAGGGGGUCGUCAGGGUAACACAUCAAACGAACCUAGUGAGAUGAGAGAUGAGAGUGAAUGUGACCCCUCACCCUCCAUAGUCCACGCCCAACGUGACUGACCACACAGACGUGUAUACAGUACAUUGACGGUUCACUAUGGUCGGAGGAAAGUUCUCUCUUGUUUGGUUUUUAGCCCUCCUUUGUCUUUUAGUAAAAGUUACGGAAAGUGGCGAGUGUUGCAGGUCGCAUUAUGACGUCAUGGGUAAUGUUAUGAAUGAACGUUGGUGUGCCAACUACUGCUGUCUCCAAGGUAACAUUUACAGCUGCUGUAACAACUGGUUCUUCCGCGCACCUGCUCAGGACAGAUCCACAUUCUGUGUCAACUGGUUCGCGCGCCACAUCUGGGUACCUAUCAUUGUGGCCCUGAUUAUUCUCGGUUUGCUGAUCGGCUGCGGAGUGUGUUGCUGUUGUAUGUGCUGUUAGUAUCAGGAGGACAUCUGUAAACAUAUACCGUGACGUAGGUUGUGUGUGAAGAAGACAGUAUGGACUAUUGUUCGGACACCAGAAACGCCAUACAAAUGAUACCAAUGCUGUAUAUAUCUACAUGUAUUUAAAGUUUCAAGGUGAGCGUGGAAUGUCUUAAUAAAACCUAAUUCAACAGUAAAUUAAAAAUAGAAAAACGAUUUUUUUUCUACACUUUGUUUUCCCCUUUACUUCGUUGGUAAUUUGAGAAAAUCGAUUAUCAAGUAUUGGAACACAACAUGCGUUGGUAAG